CAGGAUGGGCUGGUGAAGACCAACAUGGAGAAGCUGACGUUUUACGCCCUGUCGGCCCCGGAGAAGCUGGAUCGCAUCGGUGCCUACCUCUCCGAGCGGCUCAUCCGCGACGUGAGCCGGCACCGAUACGGGUACGUCUGCAUUGCCAUGGAGGCCCUGGACCAGCUCCUUAUGGCCUGUCACUGCCAGAGCAUCAACCUCUUCGUGGAGAGCUUCCUGAAGAUGGUGGCCAAGCUGCUGGAGUCGGAGAAGCCCAACCUGCAGAUCCUGGGGACCAACUCGUUCGUGAAGUUCGCCAACAUCGAGGAGGACACCCCGUCCUACCACCGCAGCUACGACUUCUUUGUCUCCCGCUUCAGUGAGAUGUGCCACUCCAGCCACGACGACCUGGAGAUCCGGACGAAGAUCCGGAUGUCUGGCAUUAAAGGCCUGCAAGGGGUGGUGAGGAAGACGGUGAACGACGAGCUUCAAGCCAACAUCUGGGACCCACAGCACAUGGACAAGAUCGUGCCCUCGCUGCUCUUCAACUUGCAGCACGUGGAGGAGGCUGAGAG